AUGAUAAAUCGGGUGCUGGAAUGGUUCGCGGAGUUUGUGUUUUGGAAGGAAGAAAUGGAGUUGACGUUGGUGGGAUUGCAAAAUUCCGGGAAAACAACGUUCGUCAAUGUCAUUGCGAGUGGGCAAUUCACGGAAGACAUGAUUCCCACCGUUGGAUUCAAUAUGAGGAAAAUAACUAAAGGAAAUGUUACGAUAAAGCUAUGGGAUAUCGGUGGUCAACCUCGAUUCCGAUCGAUGUGGGAGCGGUACUGUCGUGGAGUAAACGCAAUUGUGUUUAUGGUUGACGCUGCGGACGAGGACAAGUUGGAGGCGUCACGCAACGAGCUGAUGCAACUGCUUGAUAAAGCACAGUUAGAUGCGAUCCCUGUCCUUGUGCUAGGGAACAAAAAAGAUUUGCCCGGUGCUCUUGACGAGCGACAACUUAUUGAGCGCAUGAAUCUGUCUGCCAUCCAGAAUCGCGAAAUCUGCUGCUAUUCAAUUUCUUGUAAAGAAAAGGAGAACAUAGGUUUGUGA